AUGCCAUCAUUCCAAGAAGUGUGCGAUGCCUUGAUAAUUGCUCUGGCUGAUGAAAUUAUAAGCGAAGAGGAAUUUGUUGUUUUAUUUGCACAGUACAAACCUCAAAAUCCAGAAUUUCCUUACUGGACAUACGAUGGAUUCGAUUUUGAAAAUUUGGAUCCCCAAGAAUGCAAAGCGGAAUUCAGGUUUGAAAAACAUGACCUGCCUAUUUUGAAGCAAUCGCUUCGUAUUCCGGACAGAUUUGUUUGUCCUCAAGGAACUGUUUGUAGUGGAAUGGAAAGCUUGUGUAUUUUGUUGAAAAGACUAAAUUACCCUUGCCGUUACUUAGAUAUGAUUCACAGUUUUGGUCGUCCUGUUCCAGAAUUAUGCAUGAUCACCAACACCGUCCUCGACUGGGUAUACACAACACAUGGCUAUCGACUUACAUCAUGGAACCAACCAUUUCUUUCGAGAGAGUGCCUUGAGAGUUAUGCAAUAGCAAUUGCUAGAAAAGGUGCACCCCUCAGGAAUUGUUUUGGUUUUGUUGAUGGAACAGUUCGACAGAUCUGUCGUCCAGGGAAGAACCAACGGGUGGUAUAUAACGGCCAUAAGAGAGUACAUGCCCUCAAGUUUCAGGCUGUCGCUUUACCUAAUGGUAUUGUUGCUAAUUUGUUUGGUCCGGUCGAAGGUCGGCGUCAUGAUGCAGGCAUGCUCAAAGAUUCAAGUGUUCUUGCUGCCUUGCAACAAGUGGCAUACAAUCCAGCUGGUGAUGUUUUAUGCAUUUAUGGGGACCCAGCCUAUCCCCUUCGCCCGCAGCUGAUGUGUCCAUACAAAGUAGGUGAUGUACAGGUGCUUACCCCUCAAAUUAGAGCCUUCAACAAAGCCAUGAGUGAGGUACGAGUUUCGGUGGAAUGGCUAUUUGGGGAUAUUUCCAACUAUUUUAAGUUUAUAGACUACAAGAAAAACCUCAAAAUACAUUUGAGUGCGGUUGGUAAGCAGUACCUUGUUAGUGCACUCAUGAGAAAUAUAUUAACUUGUUUUUAUGGAAAUAUGACAUCAGACUAUUUUGAUAUUGCACCACCAACAGUUGAUGAAUACCUGUCUUGA